AUGAACUGCUUGGGAGAUGUGCCGCUGUCGUAUCUCGGAAUCGGUUACCCCACCCAAUUCCGGGUGUGGCACCUGCUGGGUACGGUAUCGUUCGUGGCGGGACCCAUUUGCACCUUUCUGUACAUCUCCACCCACAUGUUCGGCUUCAUCGACAAGAAGCCGUACAGCGGAGUACUUGCCUACCUGAUAAUUGUCAUAUUUGCCGUAUUUCUGGCUGUGCUACUGUAUUGGGUGGAAAAUGCUACCGUAUUCCACGGGGUCUCCGCGCUGAUUACCGUACUACCGUUGCUUCUACACGUGGCUACGCUGGCUAUUGGGCUAAUGUUCUGUUUCGGCGCGUGCGCGGCCUCGUUCCGUAUCAGCAUGAAGAAGUACUACAAGCCGGCCGCUUUCGUGUGUGCCCUUGUUGCGUACGCGGGAUACCGUAUCUUCAUCCACUCGCGCUUCGCGCUGACCGUCAUCUAUCAGCCCCUCACCAGCAAGGACAUCAAGAACUUUGUGCUCGAUUGGCCGACGAUGCCGGCCUACGUGGAGCUGUUCAGCGUGUUGUUCCCCGGGUAUCUCGUCAUCCUCUGCAUGGCCUUUUUCGUGCCCUACCGUAGCCCGCUGAAGGCGUUGAGGGGGCUGCUUUGCGGGAGAUAUCUACGGGGUCAUAGGCACUAUCCGAUCCAAAACGCGCGCGUGGCCAGCGGUGACAUCGUGCCGAUCGUCGUCAAGGAGGUCAUGCCGGACAAGAACAGUCUCUCCUCAUCCUCAUCUACCACAAUUACUACCCUGAAA